UGCGCAUGGCUGCACGGACGAUCAAAAAUAGUAUAUAUUUACAUACAAAUAUCUGCUCGAUAUGGGUUCAUAAUAACACAGGACUGAUUAAGAAAAUUCUACGGUUCAAAAAGUUGACAUAGUUGAAUAAUUUUAUAUUUUGUGCAACAGUGAUGAUAAGGAAUUGGGCCAGGUAGAUUUUGAGGAUGGAAUAAUGUACAAUAAUCGAGUUACAAUUGACAGAUUGAGGAAAAAUCGUUUGACGGUAUCAUACAUGAACGCACUAGUGACAUUCAACAAUUUCGGUGUCGCGUUUCUUCUAUUGGAGAGAGCAAGGUUGUUCACUUUAUACAGUGAUUUUCACGGGUACAUUUAGUGAAAAUAAGAUAUUGAUCUUUGAUUCAGUUAAUUUCUGUAUCGGAAUGUGAACAAGUCGGUUUAAUAGUGGUAUGAUGCGGAUUAAUUCAGCGGAGUAAUUCAUUGUUAAACAGGUUGUAAAACUUCCUUAUUCUUAUGAGAAAAUACUUGUGUGAUUUUUAUAACUAAAAAGGAAGUCAUAAUGGUGAUUUUAAACAGUAAUAGCCCAAUGAUAAGGUUACGAGUGUUGUAUAUAGGAAGCGCUGUUCCCCUGGACACAGUGGCUGGACUUGAUGCCAUCCAGGGACCACUGAGGGAACGUUAUCCGGUCGACUCGGACGAUGAUACGAGUAUAGAAGGAAUAGACGCGUUUGUUUCUAUCACUAAUGAAUGUAUUCAAUUACAAUAUUUGAAUGACUCUGAUCAGGUAGUUCAGUUUCCUGUUUCUUCCUUAAGUCUUUGUGCAGCAGUCAGGUGCGUGUCAACUAUUAAUACGGCAACCGGUGAAAAGGGUGCAAAGUUCGUAUCUCUAAAUGACCCUUUGGCGGGUGGAGAAAAUGCUAAGCGUCCGGCCAUAUUUACCGCAAUGACCCGUCGUACCCAAGGAAGAAAAGUGUUGGAAUGCCAUGGUUUUAUUUGUGCUUCAGCUCAGGACGCGCUUAACUUAGUCAAAUAUGCGUCAAUUGCUGGGAAAAACUAUAAACAAAAUGGAACAAUUAAGUCAAGUAGACCUGUACAACAAACUGUUGUAUCAAACGGUACCACUGACCCUCUUCUCGAUGCAGGAUCAACUUUAAAUCGGAUUUCAAAUGGAUCAGCAUUCACGCCUACAUCAAAUAUGCAAAAUGGAGUGUCAAACGGUACCUCUAUGAGACUCAUACCUGGUGAACCAAUAGCUCAUGUGGCUGCAGGCCCUGAAUUCUUCGAACCUGUAUCAACACAGGGAUAUUUCUACAGCAGUAACAGCGCAGAAGUAAAGAAAUAUAAUAUUGCUAAACUUGGUGGUAAUCGUAACAAGGAGAAUAUUGAUGUUACUCAGUCGGCCCCUAGUGAGAGACAGGCACCUACUAUUAUAAACGGAUAUCCACAUAGUACCGCACAGCGUCAGGCUCCAAGGGUAAUACCUGCCCCACAACCAAUUUACGUUCGUCUUCCGCGUCAACAGUAUGUUGCUGGUCCCCCAAGACCACCCCCACAUAUGCCAGUGUUUUAUGGGCCUCCACCACCUCCCAUGUUCGCCAGACCGAGGUUUUUCUCACCACCACCACCAAGAUUUCGACCUCAGCCGUAUAUGAUGCCGCCCGGUGGACCUCCGCCAAUGAUGGCUCCACCGAUAUAUGUUCGCCGACCAAGAGGUGGGUCUGCUGGAAGCAGGUCAAGGUCUAAUUCUUCCGGCUCUCGAGGCUCGCGGUCAAAAACACCAACGGGGCAAGUAAAUGGCGAAGAAACAGAACCGAAAAGAAUACCGAACGCUGACGACUCGAGUGAUUCUGAAAUUAGAGUGUUGAAUAGACAAAGGCCAUCCACCCCACCAACAGACUACGACGACAGACGUAAGGGAGAACGAGUGAGCCGGCGUGAUGCUUAUGAAGUUAAAUAUGGUGUACAGCCAUCACCAUACAGAUAUGGUCCGCCUCCUGAUGUAAUUCCACCAUAUGGUUAUGAUUAUUAUGUCCAGCCUCCACGACACGGUGGCUAUGCGCCAUUCACAAUGUACAAUCCUCACGCAAGGUCAAGGUCGGUACCAGGGUAUGAUAGAGCAAGAUCGAAGUCUCCGCGAAAGAAGAAGGGAAAGAAAAAGAAUAAAAAAGUAAAGAAAAAUAAACAACCCCCGCCUAAUCCGCAGUAUAUGUAUUAUCCUAGAGAGGGGUUAAGACGGCAACCUGCCAACAGUGAUGUUUCAACCGACAGUUUUGCUGGGUACCAUUCAGAAAAUCCUAGAGCAAACCGCCCAUUAGAUGGUACAAGCGGGUACCAGUUCUACCCACCACGUGAUUUCAGACGGAACGAAAACCAGCAUAUGAAUGAAAGAAACUUUUCUAAAAGUAUUAAAGAGGAAACUCGGCGGUCACGUGAUUCAAAGGCCUAUCCGACGGCAUAUGAGUUGAACGAUGCAUUAACUCGAGGUGACGGUGACAGAAAUGAGGACGUUGAUUUCAAUAUGUACUAGAGAGCUACUCAAAGAAGAAACAGGUACAGAACAUAAGACAAACACUAGCACGUGGAGUAUUUCACGCUACAUGGUGUCACCACGGGGACUACUGCACUUGUUUACAUCAAUUAAAGAAGAUAAAAGUGCUAUAUAACAUAUUUCUAUUAACUUACAAAAAUGCCGCAUUGCCCUUCAUUAUACAAAUACAAAUUCUAUACCAUUUUCAUAGAGAGUGCUUUUUUUUGGGCGCGGGAGUGUUUAAACUAAAUCUUGACGCAGGCGUAUCACAACGACCAUAAUAGGCACUUCAAGGACUGAUAUUGUAUACAUCUCUAAGGUGUUCCUUCUGACACGCCUUUGUUUGAACUUGUGAUGUGAAUUAGUAGCACCUCAACGACAGCAUUCUUUAUUUAGGUAACUGCUGUGACAAUAUUAUGUUGUGAUGUUUGCAUAACGAUUAUGAAAUCAGUUAUUAGAGGCAUGGCCAUGAGUGUAUACCAUAGUCAUUUAAAGUGCGUUUUAAAUACUAUGGUGUCGGAUAGGUACCAUUAUUGUGCCAUUGUAUGUUUUUUGUAAAUGUCAUGAAUUAUUUACAUGUACUAUGCACGUGCGUGUAAUAAUUCCGUUUAUAUUCUUUUGUAAUGUUUUUAGUGAAACGUUAUCCUAUCUUUAUAUAUACAUCAUAUCGAAAAUUGUCAACUUUAUAAACAAAAUUUGAAGAUCAUCUCAUAUAGAUCUUCGUUGUUUUGCAUGUGAAAGUUUUAUGAUUGAUUCUAUCAAACUUGAUGCAAGAAAGCCUGGGCAAAUAUGUUUUAAACAGUAUUUACACGUAUAGCUAAUAGCAUUAUGUAUAUUUUAUGUUUCAUUGAUAUUUGUAUUUGAUUUAGAUGUAAUCAAUCACUUUAAAUCUUUGAUGUAUACCUUUAAUUAUAGAAACAUGUGAUUAUAUAUGUCGAGGGUUGACUGCAAAACUGUAGUAACUUAUAUAAAAUAAAGAAGGAUUUACAACAGUUUUGCGAUCAAUCUUCGAUUUGUCCUGUUUCUGUUAAUACGCAACAUUGCAUCUGUUAUUGAUGACGAUGCAAAUUUAAAAGUUAUAAUCAAACAGAAAAUAAUUCAUUAUGUAUAUAUAAAGUCACUUUUAUCAUGUUAACAUGUCAGAAUUUUUAAGUAUACAUUGUAUAUGCACAUUAUUAUUAAGUCAAUUAAUAAAUCAAAGUUUAAUCAGCUAUUAAUUAUAUUUUGUAUAUACAUGAACAUGUAUUAGCCAAUUAUUGUCGUCUGAUAUAACACCAUACAUUCAGGAAGUUUAAAUAUUUUAAGAUCUGGUACAAUGUCGUCUGCUUGAUUUUAGUUACAAUGCAGUUUUACAAAGUAUAGGUGCUGCAUUUUUCAAGGGGUAUUCAGUAAAUUUAAUAGUGUUGCCAACACUUGUCAUUUCCUUUCUGAUCCUUCCGUAAUUGAUUUGUUACAUUUGGCACUUAGAGUUGUUAAAAAUUGUUGUACAUGCAGAGUUUGAGAUAUAUUCAUUUUAUGAUAAUUGUUAAGUUUUUUGUGGCUACUUUUUGUUUGUAUGGAAAUAUCCCUAUUGUAUUAGAUAUUUGUUUGUAUCUUCGAUAUGCCACUCAAACAAGUUAUUUACUUUUAUAAUACCAGAUUCAUGUAAUGGAUGCGUCUAACUUUUAUUUUGGAACAAUCCAUUCAAUAAUUUAGGGAUUUCAAUAUAUAAUUAUACAAAAAAAUAAGCGUUCAUCAGUAUGGAACCUGGUCAAGUUGCAAGGAUGUAUAGGCUGGCCUGGUUGUACACUGGCGGGAACGUCAGUCACUUAGCAGGUUAAUUGUUAACAUUAUUACUGUUGAGUAUUAUCUUAUAUAUUAAUAUAUCUUAUCUUUUUUAUUUCGAAAUAUUGACCAGCAUAUUUGAGUCAUCUGUAUAGGUGUGUCGGUAUACAGUUUCUAAUAAUAAAACUUAACAAUAAAGCGGGUUUUUAUUUCGUCAUAAAAUUAUAGGCGCAAUUAUCCUAAAACGUGAGGUUUUAUGUUCUAUCAUGAUUUUUUGUGUAGCAUUUAUAUCUAUUUUAAGGUUAAUAUGUAAAAAACCUUUGAGAAAAUACACACAAUAUACUGAAUGUAAAUAUAACUCUUAUGAAGAUUUAAACGAAGUAAUUUUUUGAAAUAUGACCACACAAUAUGACUGUCGUAUUAGUGAAUUGGUCUACAUGAAUAACGGACAAUUUUUUGUACUACAUUUCACAAUAUAGUUCCUUGAAAUCGCUUGAAUCAUUUACAUAAUUUUGAAGUUUCGAAGUGGUCUGUUUUGUAAAGUUGAUAUGUUUACCUUUCAAGAUUUUGUGCAAAAAAGUUGUUUUAACUUAAAAAAAGAAUGAGUUACAGCCAUUUUGCAGCAAGCCCUCAAUUUGUUAUUGUAUAAAUGUUUGUUAUAUUUUAUAAAUUACGAGUGCAAGACAGAUCUUUAGUUUAGGAGAACAUAUAUCUAUAUGAUGAAUGUUAAAACAAACAGCCAUUGUUAU